AUGUUGUUUAAGCAUGUGGCUAUAGCGUGGCUAUCCUUGUUUCCUUCCCUUCCGUGGGUAUCGGCAACAUCUUGGAAUGACGUUGGUAACAACGUCUACGGGGCUAAUCGCAAUUUUAAGGUCCUGCUUAGUAUUGGCGGCUGGAUUUACUCCCAGAAUGGAAACUUCGCUUCGGCACCUAGUUCCGAUGCUAAUCGGGCGACGCUUGCUAAGACUUUAAUCGCCCUUAUGAAGGAUUGGGGCUUUGACGGUAUCGACGCUAUCCGAUCCGAACUUAACAGCUACUCUGGCCUGUAUGGCAAUGGAUACCACUUCCUCCUAACCGUUGCAUCGCCUGCCGGCCCCCAAAACUAUAACCAUCAGAAGCUCAAGGAUAUAGCCGACGUCCUCGAUUUCAUUAACUUAAUGGCCUACGACUACGCCGGCUCCUGGGAUCUGAUGUUUGGCAUGCCUGUGUAUAGCCGCGCGUUCCGGAAUACGGACGGGCCAGGCAAGCCGUACAAUGGCGCAUUGCUACGGCCGGAUUCAAUAGAGCAAUAUGAUAGUGUUACUGAUACCACAUAUAGCUAUGAUUCAAACGGUCGAAUCAUGGUUACGUAUGAUACCGUGGAUAUGGUCCGCAAGAAGGUCAAUUAUCUCAAGUCAAAGGGACUAGCCGGCAGUAUGUUUUGGGAGGCGAGCGGCGAUAAGAAUGGCUCUGGAAGUUUAAUUGGUGCGAGUCAUAGUGCGUUGGGGUUGUUGGACAGCAGCCAAAAUCAGCUGAGCUAUCCGGACAGCCAGUGUGUUACCUAAUUUAGCGGCGGGAAUGCCGAACAGCUAGGUUAGUUGCAACUGUUGACGGUGAGUGGGUGAUGCUAAGUUUGAUAGCAUGGCCGUAUAAUUGAUGGUUUGCUUCAGUCGUUACUCUAAGUCUUGGAUUCGUUACUAUAGGAUACUUUGGAUAAGAUUCGAUCUCUUAACGUUGGGGCCUACUAAUGUCACUUUAUAUGGAUUAGCUAAUUACUGUAUUAGUCUGUUUGUUAUCCUGUCACUUGCAGAUUCGCUUUGUCGACUGCGCUAUUUGAACAAGACCGAAGAACUAUUAAAACUUAGGCAGCUGUACAAUAGAUGAUAUUUGCAUUCUGAAUCGAUGUUUUACCCCAAACAUCAGACCUACUAAAGCGGAUUGCACCGGUUUAGCGCCAUGGUUAUGAGAUGAGAGGCGGUGGAUGGACUGAGGAGAGAAGGACAAGUGAGCUAAUGAUUAGCGUGGAUGGCACAGGUGGCCAGUUAAGUUAGGUUGGUGGGCUACAGUCCGCUUCCAAUGCUUCGAAUUAUCCUUCCCCAUUACCAUCCCCAAACAUACAGAGGGAUAAGAAAAAAGA